GAGCUGCAGUGAAUGUGGACUUCCCCAAAAAGUUGAGUUGUUGGAGUUGGUUCAGUCACUGGGGCAAUGUGACUUGCGUUUGGGAACAUCGCGCAUGAUAAUAACAGAGCAACCCCAGCUCUUUUUUCUCUGUUAGGGAUAUUUAUUCUGAGGCGUUUGCUAAGUAUGAAUUACAGGCAUGGAGAGAUGGAUUGGCGGUGGACAGUUUUCACACUGUUUUUAAACUUUCACUUCACUUACGGGUCUCCCUCCUCUUACGACCUGUUCCAAGGGUCCGCAUACACUGGAGUGGUGCACAGACACAGAAAUAGGAACUGGUGCGCCUAUGUGGUGCACAAGAACGUGAGCUGCGCCGUGCAGGGGAGUGUGGAGAGCUUCCAGGAGCCCGUGGUGGCCCCCUGCCCAGCCUACCAGCCCAACUGCCAGCAACAAGUGACAUAUCAGACUCGGUUUCGACCCACAUACAAGAUUGCCUACAAGAAAGUCACAGAGUUAGAGUGGAGAUGCUGCCCUGGUUACCAAGGUCCAGACUGUAAAGAUUUAAAACCACCUCCAGAUCGACAAACAGUACAGGGAACACAGCCUUACCUCCCACAAAAUCCUGGACAUACAACCAGACACACACAGAGGCCAGAGCGGAGAGAGACAGAGCACCAUGAGACGAGGCAUGGUGGGACAUAUAAGAUGCAUCUUCUGGAAGGUGAAGUUCAACGCCUCUCUCAGACAGUCCUGGAUCUCCAGUCUGCUUUGUCAGGGUUAACUGCCAACAUACGCACAGACCUGCAGGAAGACACAAAGCAGAUGCUGGUGACACUUCUUAACAACAUGCGUCCACCAGACAGUGCUACAACCGCAGGCACAGAGGAGAGCGCAGCAGUGCUAGAUGGUCAUCAGGCUACCAGAGGUGGGAUUGCUGGAGACAAAGCCAUUGAAAAAAUAAUGGCCCGUUUGGAUGAUAUCAACAAUGCACUGAAAAGUAAGGAUGAAGCUUUGGAAGACCUAAGAGGAACCAUGACAAGUCAUGAGGGGCAGAUUCGUGUCCUGAUGGAUGCUUCUCAAUCUCAGACUCCAGCCAUAGCUGAGUUUGAUGUUAUACAGACCUACAUUGAUGGAAAAUUUGAAAAGCUGAAGAAGGAGCUUGAUCAGAAUGUGGAGGAACAGAUGGCCAAGCUACAAAGCUCAUGCAAUGACAAGAUCCAGACCUUGCAGAAGACCUGUGAAGACAGUCGUGACCAAGGCUUGGUCAGCCUGACCAAGCUGGUAAACACUAAGGAGGCUGACCUGAGAAAGGAGAUUCGGGCAUUACGUCUGGACAUGGCUGCCGCAGAUGGACCUAUAAGAACUCAAAGGCAGACAGAUCCAUCCAAGGAGGAAGAGGAUCAUAGUGACCACAAAGACAUGUGGCGUGAGAUUGAUCGUAUUGCAGAGGCUCACCGCAUCCUGAAUGUCCGCAUUGACAAUGAGCUGGCGCACCUGUCUGCACCUCAGGAAGACAAUGAUUUCAGCGCAUUGAUUGAGGAGCUGGAGGCACGUGUCAACAUCACAGAACAAAAUGCAGAGACUCACUGUUUCUACAUUGAAGAAAAACUCACCCGCACAAUUUCAGAAGAAGUUGCAGCACUUCGACAGCUUCUGGAUGAGCGUCUGAACAGCAUGGAGGACCAGUUUACAAACAUGCUGGUAGAAAUGAGCAACAAUUCAUUCCCAGGGAUGUUUGGUGACUCCAUGGAUGCCAUCCAGGCAGAGGUCAACAACAACAAGUUCCUCCUCCAAGGUUUGGAUGAUAAGGUCAAUGCUGUUGGAGAGUUGUGCUCUGCAGGAUGUUCGGGCCAAGGAAUUUCUGUAGGUGCAAUAAGUUCAGCACCCUCACCGAAUGGCCUAGAAAACAUUUUGAAGGACCUAAUCCGGUAUAGAAAUGACUUGGAUGUUCUUAACACAGAUGUCAGUACCAACACAGACAAGCUCAGGCAACUGGAGAACCUUGUUGAAAGGCAGUCAGUUGGAAAUGAGAGACAUGCCAAGACAAUAGACGACUUCCAGAAAGGAUUGAUCAAUCUCCAAGAUAAUGUGCUUGGCCUGGCUGGUGCUGUGACAGGGUUAGGUGACUCCUUGAGCAAAUACAAUCAGGAUAUGAACAUAAUAAACUCAACAUGCUGCCAUGCACAGCACAGUGGCACUGGGAGUCCAGCAUGGGACACCCAGGCAUCAGUCAUCGCAGUACCCGGUGGUCAAGCAGAUGACACCAGACGUCAGGUGGAGGAUCUGGAGAACAGGCUUGAUACGCUCAGUAAACAGGUGUCAUCUGAACUGCGUCAAUGUAAACAGAACACACAGGGCAUUUCUGAUGGCAUUUCUGCUGUGGAUGGACGAGUGACCAGACUUGAAAAAGUUUGUGGCAGGUUAGAUGGCGUUUCCACUAACAUCAAAGAGCUAAAAGAUGGGCUGGAGAGACAUAUUGCUGGUCUGCGGGACUGUGUCCACAGGUUGAAUGUCACCUGUGGAAAUCAUGGUGCAGACAUCAUUGCACUGCAGAAUUCCUUGCAGAAGUUCCAGACACAGCUGUCUGGGAUGGCCAAACAUGUUUUGAAAGACAUCACCGCCAAAGAGCCAGGAAUGACCUUAAGACCAGAGAGGCCAGCUUCUUUGCCAGACACAACUCAGACCAGACCCAGAAUAAAACAAAUCCACAUCCCUCUAAUCAUCCCACCGCCGCCAUCCAGCCCCAGGCAGCCUUACAUCCCCGGCCAACCAGUGCAGCCCAACACGCACACGAUCAAGAUCAGUCCACCGAGCCAGCCUUCCGCCCCCCAGCAACCAGGCCAACCCACUCUCCCCCUGGUUCCUGUGAGGCCGGUGGUGGAGACGGGCGAGGCUGGACCUCCGGGGUACAUCCGCAGGGUGACUGUGCGGAGAGGCUCUGACCACUCGUCUAACUUGCCUGUCAAAGGCUUUGCUGGAGCGCCAGGCUAUCUCCCUCUGCAGCCUGUGUCUUUCAAGCCUCAAUCAACCGGCCGCCAAGUUCCCAUAGCAGCAAAGGUGCCAUGGAACCCGACGUAUCAAGCUCCAGUUGAAUCACCAGUUUCCGUGGACAACAGCGCCUUUGCCGAUCCCUCCUCCUUCUCUGCCGGCCUCACGCAGCAGCCCUUCUCUGGAGAUUUUGGCAUCAUUCGGUUUAACAGGGUUCUGGUCAAUGAUGGUGGACAUUACAGUCCCCACACAGGGCUCUUUACUGUCCCACUGGAUGGCAGAUACCUGAUUUCAGGCCUGCUGACCGCAAAGCAGGGUGACCGGGUAGAGGCCGUCCUGUCAGUGUCUAACCGCAGUGUCCAGAAGCUGCAGAGCUCGUCGGGGCCCGCGGUCGGCCAAUACCGGGGCACGGCUGGCAGCGGUGACUGCGGCUGCGGCGGCACGGUGUCCUUCAGUCUGAUCCUACCCCUGAGGAAAGGGGACCGCGUGGGUCUGGUGAGGACCGGAGGCCAGCUGGCCACCACAGAGGCCAGGGAGAUCCUCUCCACCUUCAGCGCCAUCUUCUUGUACGCGCCGCAGGCCAAGAGAUAGCUGGAGCUCACGCGGACGCUGAGAACAAGGACUAGUUUGUUCCCAGUUGGACUGGAGGGAGCGUUGAAGAGACCAAUCACUGAUUUGCUGUGAUGCAGCUAUUUCACCACACAGGGCCACUGUGUGAAGAUCCUCACUUAUAAAUUCAGUUAAGACGUCAUUACAUUCUAAUUUGUAAGCCAUUUGCCUAAUGAUACCUGAAUGCAAGAAGUAGGAUUUAGUCCUAAUAUAUUGAUUAUAAAGUUGCCUUUUUGUACCUAUUGUGAAUGUAUUGUGUAAAAGUGUUUGUAAAUUAACAUUAAAAUUCAUAAAACCUAAAUUUUAUUCUAACAAAACUAUCUCAGAGACUUGGUAUACAGUGUGGUCAACAUCAGUAAUAUAGUUGUUUAGGCAAUAAACCUUGAUAAAUCACCUUUAAGUAUGAGCUCACUGUGUAACUACACUGUAGAAGAAGAGAAUGAUUAAUAAACAUACGUUAAGAGAUUGACGUGAAAGAGCAUGAGACACAAGCUGUUAGUAAUGUUACAAACUUGGCCGGCUUCAGAAACUGCACUGAGAAAGACUGGGUCAGAAGGCGAAAAUAACCCCAUUUGGGUCAUUAUGUAAAGUGGGUGUGGAUGAAAAAUAAAUUUCCUCUCUUCUCACUCCUGAGAUUUAGAAAGUACCCCAGCAGCAAACCAGGAGUGUAUUUAACCUUCGGCUCAGCCUCUGCUAACCUUAAAAAGAGAGAGAAAUACUUAUUUCUGUUUAGUUAACUAACAGUCCAAUGAAAUACUGUUUCUGUAAAUGUUUCAUGUUUGUGUUAUUCAAUAAAACAAACUGAAAAUUGGAAA